GUUUCCUAAUAGGUAAUUCAAAAAAUUUAAAGAUUCCUCAAAUUCAUGAUCAAAAUUAAACUGUUUGACUCUCGAAAUUCAAAUUGUGUCACAUAAAUUCGCACCUCCAGAAUAAUUAAAACUGUUCAUAUUUUCUCAAUUUAAAAUAAAAUCCAAUAUGUAUACCUUGUCUUUCCCCAACACAACCUAAUGUACAUGAAAUGAAAAUGCAAAUGAAGGAUUUAUACAAAAGUGCGCGAGAAAACAAAAAAGAAAAAAGAAAAUGUGAUGAGAAUUGAAAGGAAAAAAGCAAACAACGUGACAUCAACGUAGGCCCCACUCAGCUACCACAGCGUAUAUAAACCCCCACACUCCCAUUUCCUCUCCUCACAAAACAAACACCAUUAACGGCUUUCUCUCAGUUUCUCCCACCCAGUUUUCACACGUUCUAAGCAGAAGUACAAGCAAUGAAGCGAAAGUUACAACACUCCGAAGCAUCAUCACUUCAUCAACCGGCUGUAAAGAAACAGCUUCGAUCAAAGUUACCUCGCCGUAAACGAUCAUAUAUCUCUCCGAUAAUUCUACCUUCAUUCUCUAUUUCAAAUUCGUCUCAUUUAACUAGUGAAAUUUCACGUGAUUCGAGCAAAAGUAAUUCUGUUAAUAAGCGUGAAAUUGAAGGAGAAAACGAAUUUCGUAGAGUUACUAGAGCUUAUUUCAGGAAGAAUAAUAAUCAGAAGAAGAAUAAGGAUGAUGCUGACGUGGAAUUAUCGGAAUGCUCUUGUGUUGAUUCGUGUACUUCUCAAUUCAUUGGAAAAAUCACAAAAAAUGAAGAUCCAGUUGAAAUUGAGGAUUCUGAUGCAAUUUCGACAUUAGUGAAAGUUUCUAGUGAUUUUUGCGAUAAAAUAUCAAAAUCUGAAAGCGAUGUUGUUGAAGGAACUGCGAUAAUCAACGACGAAGUAAUUCACAUUUCUACUGAAUUCACUAAGAGAAAUGCAAAAGUCAUUGAAGAAACUGAGGAUUCUGAUGCAAUUUCAACAUUUCUCAAAGCUUCUAGUGAUUUUUCCAGUAAAAUCUCAAAAUCUGUAGUUGAAGGAACUGCGAAAAUCGACGAUGAUGAUGUGGUUUCAUUCAAUUCAGUGUUACAAUCGCCUUCUGAAUCGAAAUGUGGAAAUUUAUCAGUUCAAGCAAUCAAAUGUACUGAAAACAGAGCAAUCGAAGAAGAUAUGGAGUCCGAAGUUUCAAAAUUAUCUGCUGCAACACAUGCACAUGAUAAGCUCAAUGGAAGCGCAGCUUUUGAUCUAGAAUGUUCUGAAAAUUUCUCAAUCAAAUGUAGUGAAAACAGAGCAAUUGAAGAAGAUAUCGAGUCCAAAGCUUCACUAAUAGAAUUAUCUGCUGCAACACAGGCACAUGAUAAGCUCAAUGGAUCAGCAGAAUUUGAUCUAGAAUGUUCUGAACAAGGUCAAAACAGAGCAAUCGAAGAAGAAAUCAACUCUAAAGUUUCACAAUUAACUGCUGCAACACAGGCACACGAUAAGCUCAAUGGAGACGCAGAAUUUGAUCUAGAAAGUUCUGAACAAGGUGAAAACAGAGCAACAGAAGAAGAAAUCAACUCUGAACAAGUUUCAAAAUUAUCAGGUGCAACACAUGCACAGGAUAAGCUCGAUGCUGAUGCAGAAUUUGAUCUAGAAUGUUCUGAGAAUUUUUCAAUUAUUGACGUCUCUGAUGACUACUAUUCAUCAGCUUACUCAGAUAUUUUUCCGGAUAGUUCCGAUAUAGAUCUAUCGGAUUAUAGUCCAUCGUAUUGGUAUGAAUCUGGAAGCCAAUUUUCUGAGAAAUCGAAUGUAGAUGCUACUCCUUCACCUACUUUCACGUUGUUUCUUUGGUUUAGUCAACAGUUCUGUAGAUCAACCGUUGCUUUGCAAUCUACUCAUGUAAACUCAUCUGAAGAUCACGUUUCUACUGAAUUCACUGGAUUGGAAAAUGAAGAGGAUGAAGAGAGCUAUAGGAUGAUAAGAAACAGAGAGAAGAGACAAUUGUAUCUACACGAUUAUGCCGAGGAAUACUGUUCCACUACACACUAUGGCGAUUUAAUCGUACAGCAGCGGUUACAGAUGGUUCAUUGGAUACUUGAGCAAGCUACGAGGAAGGACCUUCAGAAGGAGACCAUGUUCUUAAGUGUCAACCUCUUUGACAGAUUUUUAAGUAAAGGGUACUUCAGAACCAAAAGAUGCCUUCAAAUUGCUGGCAUAGCCUGCCUUACUCUGGCAGUCAGGAUAGAAGAAAACCAGCCUUUCAACAGCAUUCGCCAGAAGACAUUCGUUGUUGCAGGCACUGCAUAUAGCUGUUCUGAAGUGGUGGCUAUGGAGUGGCUGGUGCAGGAGGUCCUCAACUUCCAGUGCUUUCUUCCAACAAUAUACAACUUCUUAUGGUUCUAUCUUAAAGCUGCUAGAGCUGCUGAACAUGUGGAAAGGACAACUAAAUACCUGGCAGUACUAGCUUUGCUGGGUCAUGAGCACUUGUGCUACAGACCAUCAACUGUAGCAUCUGCACUGGUGAUUCUCGCUUUAUCAGCUGCCAAUCUUUAUGCCUCCUGCCAUUUGGUUACGAAGACUCAUGCCAAAAUAAAGGACGAAGAUUUACCUGAAUGCAUAAAGAGCUUGGAAUGGUUGGUGAAGUACAUAUGAUAUGAAGGUGGAACAGCAUCACAGUACAUAUGAUAUGAAGGUGGACCAGCAUCUCAGUCAUUCUUCUCAUAUUUUGGAGUCAAUCGGUUUAAUCUUCUCAUUCUUUUGCUGAAACUUUUUCUUAGUCUCUUCUCAAAGUCACAUGUAAUAACUUCAAGAUAUUCUCUUGAAGUUUGAUCAAGUGAUGCUUACUUCAUUAUUUUGUCCUUGUAACAGGACCAAAUAUACACUUUAUGUCUACUGUCCUUACCAGGAAACAAGAUGUAGAAAGAACAUAAAGCCACUCUUGUAUUCAGUAACGCCUUGUAUCCAAAAGUAUCAAUGACAAUAAACAAUGAUUUUAGCUGAUAAAGAAAAUUUGUGAUCUAUGUUGAACUCAAA